AUGACUGACACAUUGAAUGAUGCCUCCACAAGAUCAUCGUCACCAUCAUGGUUGAAGCAGCGCACAUCCAUGUUCAACAACAAUGCCGCAUUACAGGCAUCUACCACCACCAAUGCCACCGCACCACCAGUUGUGAAAAAGGUGGUUGACAAAGAAUUAGCCAGUUUAAAAAAGAUUGGGGCUGUUUCCUCGGUUUGGUCGAACAAAUUUGUCCAGGAAGAUAAUUCAGGAGGUACUAAUACUAUCCAACACAAAAUAACCCCUUCCCGAAACUACCAUAUCACAUCACCUCCAUUGCAUCCAUUAACAUCAUCAUCACCAUCGUCGUCAUCAUCACCGUCUGCUACUAGUAGCUCUUCAGACCCUUCCCUCUCCCCUCGUCGCUCAAACAAAGUGAAUACAUCUCCUCGUCCUAACGCUGAUUAUAUACCUGUCACAGGAACUAGACAAAGCUUUAGCAACAACUCUGUAUCAACCACCACCCAACCUACUUCGCCCAGAUCACCUUUGUUUGACAAGGUCAGAUCCUUCUCUAGCAGUAGCAGCAAAUCAAUGAGCGAUGAGAUUCAACAGGCCCUUGACCAACAUCAGCCACAGCAGCAGCAACGACUCUCAAAGCAACAACCACCAUCCCUGGGUUACUUUUCCAAGGCAUCCAUGUCUAGCUUGGAUCUGAAUGACAUGGAAGAUAGCAACAGAUCUUCUACUGCCUCUUCUUUUACUGCAAAUGGGUUUUCAUCGCCUCCUUUACGCAGAUCUAUUGAAACAGACCGUACAUCUACCAAAACCGCCUCUACCACUACCACUACUGUCAACAACAGUAUGGAUGAAGCCGCUGCUCUUUGGUUCCAAUGUGAGACGUUGAAAACGCAGUACGCUCAAAACAAUGCUCGUUUGAACAAAGCCAUGGAAGACGUUGAAUUCUACAAACGCCAGCUGGAGCAACAAGGAGAGAUUUCUCGUCAAGGUAUUGCCGAUGCAGUCGAGGAGAAGGAAAAGGAGAUUGUCCGUGUGCGUCAACUGGCUCAACUUAUCGUCAAGCAAGACCAGCUGUUGGAAGAAUACCAAAUCAAUUUGGACAUGCUGACUCAAUUAACAAAUGAAUCCUCUCAUUUAGAGGAGACUCAAGCGGAGAUGGCUGGUCUUCGCCAAGAAUUAGCAGCAUUCAAAAAAGAGAAGCAACUGCUGGAAGGCACCAUCGCCGCUCUGCGUGCUGAGCUGGAGAUGAGUCAGGGCCAAAUGAAGCUCAUGAUGGCUGUGUCUACUGAAAUCCAAAAGGAAUAUGCCAGAUACAAGAGCAAGAUCAACUAUGAGAUCAAGGCCAUGAUGAGGAAACAACAAGAUGAGCAUGAAUCUGAGCUCAAGGUGAUGCAGGAACAGCUCAGUGCUGCUACUACUGCUGCUGCUGCUGCUGCUGCUGCUCCUCAAGAAAGAUCUGUCGUGGUGGACAGUGAUGCCAAGGAAAUGCAAGAAAUGGAAGCACUCUCUGGUCAAGUGAGUGCCUUGAACCAAGCACUUGAAGCCAAAGACAAGGUCAUUGCUGAUUUGAAGAACCAACUUACGACGCAAAAGAUGUCGAUGGAUACCCAAAUGAUGGAGCUCACCCAAAGCAUCCUUGAAAAAGAUGCUCUUCUCAUGGAAUUUAUGAGCAGCCGCAACAACAGCAGAGAAGUGCUCCCUCAACAACAACAGCAGCAGCCAGCAUCACAGCCACAAGCCACACGAAGCAUGAUCACCACAUCCGUGGCUCCCGCUGCUGAAACCAGCAACUAUUAUCACCCUGCUUCUCCUCAACACUAUCAACAACAGCAACAAGACAGCCAACUUCACGUGUCUCAAAUUCGUGAUUACAUGUACGAUGACACCUCUGACGAAGAUGACGAUGAAGAGCAAGAACAAAUCCAUUAUACCAGUGACGAAGAAGAACAUGAUCAAGAAGAAAGCAAUACCCUCCAAGAGAUCAAUCAUUACCACCAUCUGAUGACCCAUGAAAGUAGCGUGCCUCAAAGCCCUGCUGACAGUAUCUCUUCCUCUAUCAGCAGCACCAUCAGUUUUGAUUCCUCUGAAGAAGAAGAAAAGGUGGCUGAAAUCAAGCAUUUCUCCUACUCUUCUGUCCAAUCCAAUCAACAAACAAGACCUGUUUCCUUGAUCAAUACAGCCGAGUCUCUUGGUGGUGACAACGGUGCUCAGCAAGACAUGAUGGAUGAUGUGAGUCGCCGUCUUAGUAACGCCUCUCCUACUUCCAACGCUGCUGCUACCACUGCGCGUUUUAGUGUGUCUAAAGAAAACAGUGCAAAUUGGCCUAUGCCACCUCCCACACCUCCACCAUCUGAGCCUUUACCACCUGUCCCUGUUGCUCCCAGUGCUAGUGUUCUUACCCCCGCUGCUCCUGUUGCGUCUGUUAGUACCCCAUCACAGCAACAACAACAACAACCAGAAGAAAGCUUGCAAGUGAAUAACAGCAUGACUCCACCUCCUCGACGUGCUCGAUCCAAGACCAUGGCAAGAGAUGAAGCUCCCAACAUGUCUGAAUACACUACCUCUAUUCACCAAAACAAUGAAUUACCACGCAUCAUUCCCUUGCAAAGAGAUUUGGUGGACGUUACUACAGCAACAGCCCCUAUUCCUCCUCCCCGCAAAGAUAUCCAGCUACAACAAGAACAACAACAGCCUCAUACCAAGUGGAUGGAUGAUCCAGAAAGUGAGGAAGAUGAUAUGUGGUGUGAAACCAACACAACAACUACCAUUGCCGCAUUGUAG